UCUUAGUCCAGGGUAGAGGUUGUUGUUUCGGUCACUGUUGCAAACGGGAUGCGACGACGUGCCGCAGUAAUUGGACUAGUUUUCUACCGUGAAACAAACUCUAUGUGUUGGAAUUGAGGGGCACCAUCCAGCGAAUUUUGUUUUUACUCGCAAGGAAUAUCACCGCGACUUUUUCUGUUAGUGCAGGGUUGCUUCCAACUUGGCUACCAUUUCGAUGUCUUCUAACAGAAACACGACUUCAGUCGCCACCGGUGCCUUUUCGAAGUAGCCUACUUCGGAGGAUUUUUCCGUAUUUAGUCCAAGAAUGCAUCAUUAGGACACAUGUAACUGAGCGUCCAGUCUCAGUACUGUAUAUGGACUGACUACUGGAUUAAACGCAAUUGGACUCAUCAGAAACAAGGCGUAAAUGGAUCGUCAUUCCAGUUACAUUUCGAUCUGGUUUCAAUUGGAACUAUGUGCCAUGGCUGUUCUCCUCACUAAAGGAGAGAUCAGGUGUUACUGUGAUGCCCCACACUGCGUUGCCACCGGUUACAUGUGCAAGUCAGAGCUCGGCGCAUGUUUCACGCGGGUCCUUGACCCACUGAGCGUGAACUCUCCCCUCACGCAUGGAUGCGUGGACUCAUUCACGAACCCUGUGGACAUUUGCCUUGCGAAAAGCUUGGAUGUAUUGCCCGGAGGUUCCCCCGUGCUGGAGUGCUGUCAUGAGGAUAUGUGCAAUUACAGAGGACUGCACGAUCUGGGACAACCCCGCGGUGAUCCAACAGAUCAUGGACGAUCACAGACAGACAAUGGGCCCAACAGGCACUUGGUGACGCGGGUGACCGAGCUGUCGUCGGGCAAGGAGGUGUGGUUCCGGGCGGCGGUGAUCGCCGUGCCCAUCGCCGGAGGUCUGAUCCUGGUCCUGCUCAUCAUGCUGGCGUUGCGCAUGCUGCGAAGCGAGAACCGGCGGCUACAGGCCCAGCGCCAGCAGAUGCUCUCCCGGUUGCACUACAGCUUCCAUGGGCAUCAGGCCAAGAAGGGCCUGCCCGCCGCCGCCACCCUGGCCAAGCUGGACCUGGAGUGCAUGGUGCCGCUGGGCUCCGGCGCCGAGAGCUGCUGCCUGGCCUGCGACAAGCUCCGGCAGGCCGAGCUGGCUGGGGUCACGUCCGGCGGAAUUGGAGGAGGAAGUGGUGGAGGUGUUGGAGGAGAACGCAUCCUGUCGCUGGUGCACUGGGGAGUCUACAGUGGACAUGGGAAGCUGGAGUUUGUAUGACACGGACGACAUAGACGACUCACGCUUCCAACUGGCGUCAGAGGAAGAGUCUGAACUCUUUUUCAUAACAAAACAUCCCCCCCCCCUGUUCUCUGUGAUUUGUGCACCGAAAAGCAUAGGACAGUACUGCACCAAGAGACGUGCUGACAAAGGAUUUUGCUGUUUCAGAAAAGAAAUGUUAUUUUUAAAACCCUUUCCCUUCUUCUAUUGUCCACUGACUGUUUUCCUGCCCUCAAAAUGGAGACAAGCAGAAAAGGAGAGAGGGAACGAGAGAAAAGAGAACAGAAACAUGGACUCAUGCCUUGUGGUUUUUAUCUAAGGAGCACUUUACUUGAAUCUGAGUGGUUUGCAACUGAGGGGCCUUGUGUGUGUGUGUGUGUGUGUGUGUGUGUGUGUGUGUGCAUGCGUGGCGUGCACAAGCACACAUAUGUGUGGAUGGUGCAUGGCCCCUCUGGGGUACCACUCUAUCCUGUGGAUCCAGGAGGACUUUCGAUCCAUCGUAUUUUGCACAUUUGUAUAAGAGAAUGAUAUCUGAAUGAAUGAGUGAAUGAAUGGAAGAGUGAGUGAAUGAAACAUAGGGUGUUUUGCUUUAAAAGAAGCCAAUUAGAAGAAUUUCACACUGACACCAGGGUACAGACAUUGUUUUUUUUUGUUGUUGUUUUUUUUCAAGGAGUCGAAAUAUUCUAUUAAAUAAAGAAUCCAGUGUUGUACACGUAAA